AUGACGCCACUACGUCCGCGAAUGGGUCGCACCGUCACCCUGAUAUUAGCAAUGUGUACUUGGAUCAUGGGCGUCAUCCUCGGCAUACCGUCACUUAUUUACUACAAGACUUACACCCUACCGUACCCCGAUGGCGAGGCCAGAGUUAUCUGCUACCCAGAAUGGCCGGACGGUGUCACUAACUUAUCAAUGAUGGAAUACAUUAUUUUAAUUGAAUCGGUGAGAAUAAGAACAGUACAAGUCCAAAGUCAUUUUUUAAAAUAA